UCUCCAGAAGAGCAUUAUCAGCAACUUGUCACCAACAAGAAUCUCUCCGACGAAGAUGUUCAAGCUGCUUUCGACAAACUUCAGCCUAUUCAGCCAGACGCUUUUAUGGGGACAUGGAAGGGAGCGAGCGUUAGCACAGGCCACCCGGUCGAGCAAAGACUCACUAAUAUCAAGUGGGCGGGGAGGACAUUUCGAUCAACGGAAGAUGUCAAUCCAAUUGAGGUAUACAAGGAAGAUGGUGUGAGGGUCUGGAAUACUGAUUGGGGCCAUGCCCGGCUUCGCCAGAUUGAGUGGAAGGGAAAGGUCUCUACUGCAAUGGUUUAUGAUGACGCCCCUAUCAUCGAAUACUUCCGUUAUGUCAAGGAGGAUUUGAUUGCUGGCGCUAUGGACGCGAAGACUUACCCUGCUCGCGCGUACUUCUUUUAUUUGUACAAAUGA